AUGCUGACGGUAGUGCAACAAUUUGAUUACGAUGUCGACUACUCAACACCAAAUCUGUUAGUAGUAAAGUGUUGGGUUAGAGGUUGUAGUUGGAAAUUAAGAGCAUCACCAACAAGUGAUAGUCCUCACUUUACGGUAUGCGGCUAUGUUUCAGAAAAUACUUGUUCAGUUACAGAAAGAUCAGCUCGUUGCAGACAAGCAACACCAGAGAUUCUUGGAGCUUUAUACAGUGAAUUUAUUGGUGGAGUGGAGCCAAGAAUUUUGCCCAGUCAUGUGAUGCAGUCGCUUAACAUGUGCUUUGGAAUAAAGAUUGACUACUGGAAAGCUCAUCGGACGCUGCAAUAUGCAAGAGAGUUGGUUAGGGGAUCUGCUGAGAGUGGAUAUCAUGAUUUACCUGCGUAUCUACACAUGAUAAGGGAGGCAAAUCCUGGGACAUUCACUCGCCUAGAGGUAGAUUAUAGUGACAGAUUCAAGUAUCUUUUCCUCGCAUUUGGUGCUACCAUCGAGGGGUUUCCAUUCAUGAGGAAGGUUUCUGUUGUCGAUGGCACGUUCUUGCAAGAAAAGUACAAAGGGACUCUACUAAUUGUGUCAUCACAGGAUGGAAAUUUCCAGAUAUUUCCAAUUGCAUUUGCGAUAGUCGAUACGGAGAACGAUGAAUCAUGGAAGUGGUUUUUUAGACAACUCAACUGUGUGAUUCCAGAUGACGAAAAACUUGCUAUUAUUUCAGACAGGGACAAAUCAAUUGGAAAUGCAAUUACCCAUGUAUAUCCAAAGGCCAGCCAUGGAGUUUGCACUUAUCACUUAUACAUGAAUGUGUUGGUAAAGUUUAGAGGUCGGGAGUUGUUUGGCUUGGUUAAAAAGGCAGCAAAUUCAUACAGAUUGUCAGAUUUUGAGACCAUAUUUGAGGAGAUCAAAUCUAUGCAUCCGACAUUGCAUGGCUACUUGCACAAAGCAGAUGUAAGGAAGUGGGCACGUGCUCAUUUUCCUGGUGAUAGGUACAAUUUGACUACAACUAAUAUAGCUGAAUUUAUAAAUAGAGUGCUUUCAGAUGCAAGGAGUUUGCCCGUUGUAAGACUUUUAGAAGCAAUAAGGCAAAUGAUGACACACUGGUUUUCGACUCGGAAGAAUGAUGCAAAUUUGAUGAAAACAACUUCAACUCGUGGAGUAGAGAAGCUUUUAGAGGUAAACAUGAGUUUCUAA